AUGCGUGUAGACGUACUCAAUUGCCAAAUGACAAUUGAUUUUCUCAAUGAAUCAUUACAACAAGAAGGAAAUAUAGAUGUAACAAAUAUUGAUUAUAUGGAAAAAAUCAAACAAAUUAAUAUUGAUUGGAUAAGAAUAAAAUCAUUAAUAUCAGCACGUAUUGAUACUUUCGAACAAUUAAAUGAUCAAUUUAAUGAAUUUGAUCAAACAGUUCGUACAUUAUCUGAUUGGGUUCAAGAACAAACAUCUGAUCUUGAAUUUAUGCGUUCAAGAAAUAUGGAAGCUGGUGUUAAAGAUAAUUUACGAAAAUGCGAUGAAAUUGAAUAUCAAUUAACAACUAAACAACAAAUUCUAACAACAUUAAAAUCAUAUAGGAAUCGAAUAUCAUCAACAUCAACAACAUUUCAUAUAUCUUAUCAAGAUGGUACAAUACAAAAUUUACGUUAUAUGAUUGAUCAUUUAUCACCAUCAAUUGAACAAUUAAAAUUAAAAUCAAAAUCAAUUUUAUCUGAUUGGCAAGAAUAUAAUCGUGUUUUACUUCAAAUAGAAAAAAUUAUACGUGAACCUGAAGCUGGUAUUGAUCGUGUUCAAACAAGUGCAAUCAAUGUUGAAACUUAUGAAAUGAGUACAAGAAAAAUUCAGGAGCAUUUACAAAUCAUGGAAUUACAUCGACAUGAUCUCGAUCAAAUUGUUUCUCAAGGUCGUCAAUUAUCCAGUCAAUGUGAUGGACAAACUUCAUUAAAAAUUAAUGAAAUAACACAUCGUAUUCAACAACAAUGGACAAAUGAUGAACAACGUUUACAAGAAAUCAUACGACCAUCAAGAGAAAUAGAUUUUCAACAACGUCUUCAACAACUUGAUAAUGAAAUAACAAGAUUAUAUGAACGAGCUCAAAAAUUAGUCAAUCAUUUACCUGCUAUAGUUGCUAAAAAAAUUGAUACACAAUAUUCUGUUAUUAAAAAUCAAUAUUUAGAAUUAUGUACAUUUCAUGAUAAACUUCAAAGUGAUUGUAAUGAAUUAAAACAACGUGAAAAAAUCUAUUUAGAUUAUUUAAAUGAAUUAAUACAAAUAAUUAAUCAAAUUCAAAUUGAUUAUAAAUCUCAACAAUUAACUGAUGAAAAUGAAAUAAAUAAUUUAAAACAACUUCAUGAAUUUCAUACAUUACUUUUAUCAAAACAUGAUUUAAUUGAACCAAUUAUACAAUUAUAUUUACAUACAAAUUAUCAAGGUUUAUUAGAAAUUGAUAUAAAUUUAACAAAUAUAAUUAAUGAUUUUAAUCAACGACAACAAGAAUUAAUACAAUUAAUUAAUGAAGAAAAUUAUUAUCGUUUACUUAAAAAUAAAUAUGAAUUUGAACAAGAACAAUUACGAUCACCAACAAUUAAUUUAAUUAAUCAAAUUAAACAAGGAACUUAUUUAAAUUCAUUACAAAAUGAAGAAUUAUAA